UGAAUCUGGAAAGAGAUAUGCAGUUGAUGCCAGUCGCAGUGGUCACUCUGCUUCUCUUUGACUGCUCAUCAGGUUGGCUCCAUUCUCUCUCAUCUCUGGAGUUCCUGGAGCUUGGCUCCUCCUCUGCCAACCUCACUGGGUCUCUUCCUCAGGAGACGAGGUGAACUCUGACCCCAUCUCCCUGCCAUAUGGCUUCCCUUUCUCCAAUG